CGCCGUGCGCUUAGCCACGCCCCCACUCCGUAGCUUUCUCAGGUGUCGAUGUUUGGCUGCUGCAAUUGCCAUAAUUUAGACCAUUUUUAGCGUUUUUAUUUCCCGACAGCAAAUGCGAUAUCGCUCAUUUUUAUAAUGGAUGUGUAGCGUGUAAUUAUCAUUCAAAAUAUUCACGAGGGAGUUCUGACGUUUUCUCUGAACGGGAAGUUUGAGCGGUUUCGUCGUCUGUGUAUGUUUUGGGUUUUUGUGUGAGCAAUGCUAAACUCAACACAGACCUGCGGACUGCUGGUUUUACUCCUGAGUUUAUUCUGCGCUCAUUUCAGCUGGGGAUGGUUUCAAAACAACGCCAAGAGCCAAAGCCCACAGAAGGAGCCCGUUUACGGGAAUACUCCGGAAAGCCAGGACCAAAGCUGCUUGUGUCAUUUAACCGGGGUCUUGGACGACUGUUUCUGUGACAUCGAGAGCAUCGACGUCUUCAACAACUUCAAGAUUUACCCUCACAUCCGCAAGCUCAUGGAGAGAGACUUCUUCAGAUACUACAAGGUGAAUCUGAAGCGUCCGUGUCCGUUCUGGCCUGAUGAUGGCCAAUGCUUCAUUAAAGACUGUCACGUAGAGCCGUGCCCAGAGAGUAAAGUUCCUGUAGGGAUUAAAUCUGGCAACUAUAACAAGUAUUCUCAGACCUCCAGCAGCAGCAGUGACGUACGAGAGUGUGAACAAGCUCAUGAACUGGGAGCGGUGAACAACACACUCAGUAAUCAGACUAAAGAGGCGUUUGCGGACUGGGCUCAUCACGAUGACGCUCAGGAUCACUUCUGUGGUUUAGACGAUGAGAUGUCUCCUGAUGCGGAGUACGUGGAUCUGCUGCUGAACCCGGAGCGUUACACCGGAUAUAAAGGACCCUCGGCCUGGAGAGUGUGGAACAGCAUCUAUGAGGAGAACUGCUUCAAGCCAAGAUCGGUGUAUCGUCCUCUCAACCCUUUGGCUCCCAGUCGUGGUGAUGAUGAUGGUGAAGGAUUUUACACAUGGCUGGAAGGUCUGUGUUUGGAGAAGCGUGUGUUCUAUCGUCUGAUCUCUGGCCUCCACAGCAGCAUCAACAUCCACCUGUGCGCUGAAUACCUGCUGGACGAGGGCUGGGGGAAGUCUGUCUGGGGUCCGAACCUGCACGAGUUCAGACGGCGCUUCGACCCGGCCGAGACCAAGGGCGAGGGAACCCGCCGGCUCAAGAACCUCUACUUCCUGUAUCUGAUCGAGCUGCGCGCGCUGACUAAAGUCACUCCGUACUUCGAGCGCUCCUUCAUCAACCUGUACACGGGAAACACUCAGGAGGACUCCAGCACCAAAGAUCUGCUGCUGCAGGUGCUCAACGAGACCAAAUCCUUCCCCAUGCACUUCGACGAGAGCUCCAUGUUCGCAGGCCAUAAAACAGAGUCCAAGACACUCAAGGAGGAGUUCAGGCUUCACUUCAAGAACAUCUCUCGGAUCAUGGACUGUGUGGGCUGCAGUAAAUGCCGGCUCUGGGGAACGUUACAGACUCAGGGUCUGGGAACGGCCCUCAGGAUCCUGUUCUCCGAGAAAGAGAUCAAGAGCCUUCCAGAAAACAGUCCGUCCAAAGGCUUCCAGCUCACGCGGCAGGAGAUCGUGGCUCUGCUCAACGGAUUCGCCAGAUUGUCCACUAGUAUAAAAGAGCUGCACAACUUCCGCACGCUGCUGAAGGAUCAGAGGUAACGUCCUCCAGACCUGCAGGGGGCAGCAGCUCUAGCCUCAGGGACACGUCACACAAACCUCCUCCGUUCCUUUCUUCUCAGUCAUUUCUGUCAGCUUUGACUGCGGUUUGUUACGUAGCGCUGCCUUUCCCUUCCUUCUCUUGGGUUUGUGCGAAUGUCUGUUUCUGCUGACAACAGUGAUUUCAUUAUUCAAAGGUUUGUUAGGAAUCAGGUGAAUCCGGUGAAUAAGAACAUAUGCAGGUCACAUUUCACAAGAAAAAUCACAAGUGAGUAUAUUUUGCAUAAAGCAAAUGAAAACCUUUUAUUACUGUAAGGACUUAUUUUCUUUAUGCAUGCAUAUAUAUAUAUAUAUAUAUAUAUAUAUAUAUAUAUAUAUAUAUAUAUAUAUAUAUAUAUAUGGAGAGAGAGAAUUUUUUAUUUUUUAAGUGAAAUAUGACCUGUAUAUAUUCUUGACUGGUUGGCUCACUACUAUUUUUUUUUUUUUUUUGUUAAAUUUAAUUUUUUUUUUAUUAUUUAGUUGAAUUGUUUGAUUUAAUUUUAAAUAAAUGUAAUUUUUUUUAUUUGGUUGAAUUGUUUUAAUUUAUUUUUUUAUUCUUUUAUUUUAUUCUUUUAUUUUAAUUAAAACAUUUUGUUAAAUAUUUUUAUUUUAUUAAAAUUAGUUGAAUUGCUUUGUUUUUAAUUUUUUAUUACAUUUAAUUGUUUUUUAUUUAGUUGAAUUGUUUUAUUUUAUUUACAUUUUUUAUUGUGUGUGUGUGUGUGUGUCUUUUACAGACAUUCCUCAUUUACAAUGAAGACUUUUCUGUUCAUUGGACCAUAGAAAUACAUUUUUAAUGCUUGAAAGAAGGAAAUGUAGCUUAUUGUUACACAUUUACGCAACAGAUAACAAGCAAUAAAUAUUCCUCCGUUUAGUCCAGAUUCAUGUUUUAACGACAGACAGAGAUUCAAUGCAGAAAAGAAACAUGCAGAGCAAACAUAAAACAUUUAUUCAGUCCAAAUACAAAUAUAUAUAUCAGCCACAUUUGGUUCCACAUCUGGAAAGUUUGAAAUGAUUAUAUAUAUAUAUAGUUUUGCGCAUAUCUCCCAAUUGAUCUGUUUUGAACACGUCUCUGUUUCUAUCACACUUUAAAGAGCUGAAUAAGCGUUUGAUCAAUGCUAUAUUUAGCUGCGAGUGGUUUUUCAUGAUCUGCUAAUUCUGGAGGAAUAGUUGAGCUGAAGAGCAGCUAUUGGUGUGUGUUUGUGUCGAGCGCUGCAUGCUUUCAUCAGCGUCUGCCUUAAUAUUUCUGAAUGACAGAACGAUACUGUAAAUACAGCUCCGGUUCUCAGAGCUUCAGUCAUCUGUUAAACUGAUGUGAUGAUGUGCAUCUACAUGUGAAUCUGCUCGAUGCGGUUUGAAGCUCCUCUCUGCCUUCCUGACAUGAUUUUGAACAUUUUCAAACCAUGAUCUGUGUUGUGUUUUUGUGUCAAGAAUAUUUAUUUAAACAGGAAUAAAUAUUGUCUGGUUGUCUCACA